UACGCGAGCGUGUUUAGUGGGGAUAGAAAGUGUAAAAAAAUUAAGUAUAACGGAUACUUUUUGACAUCAUUUCAAGAUAUUUCAACGUAUCUGGCUAAAAUUCUAGUUGCGUUUUAACGAAAUUCGAUUUCAGUACGACUUAGUUUUGAAAAUUGAAUUGUGACCUUAUGUAUUAGCUCUUUAUUUAGAUAUUAAACAAAACUAUUAAACAUGAAUCAACGUCACAAACGGCUGGACACCCUCAGAAUAGAGUAUCUAGCGACAAAUUCCUGCGCCGGUAUCAAUCAGAACCCAAAUCUGUAUUCCGAUCUCCGGAAUCAAAGUCGCUGUGGACGACGUCCGCUGCGUUCAUUUUUCCUAUAAUAGACCACGCCGUCUCACUCGCACUGCGUUGCGCAAACGCCACCAAGCCGAGCUAAAACAGGGGCUCAGCCAUACUAAAUUUAGUUCUGCAACACUGCACCGUGUCAUGCCCAUAGAAAACAUUAACAUCGAUACACCGCACGAUAUAUGGUCACCGCAUACUCCCAGCCAGAUUUUCGCGAACACAAAUUGCUGUAUAAUAUUCAAUUAGGUCGGGGAUAUUGAUGGCGAGCGCACCGCCCGGCAAUUUUGGUUAGCGCAUCUGCUGCUCCUAUACGCGUAUCCUUUGAUAUACGAUUAGUUUUCGAGCCGUUUUCAGCAGGUCCGGCCGGUCGAUACUCCAUUAUCGGCUGUUAGCCGUUAGCGCGGACGAUUCAGGCCGAGCGUCCCUCAAGGUGCGUCGCGGGGACACGCUAAAUAUAACCGCACACGCGGCCCGUCGUCUCGCCGAUUUUUCCUCGGUCCGUCGUACUCCCGGCAUGCUGCCAGCACUACGUCACACCUCUAUUACCUCAUAAACGCCAAACUUUGAGAAAGGACUUUAAAAUUAGCAAGGACGCGUGUUGAAGCGGCCGCAGACGGGCCGCAGGCGGCUCGCAGGCGGCCCGCAGCCGGCCCGCGGGUAUUUCGGUGCGGCGACACCAGCGCUCCUGAUAAUUACGCAAGCCGCGGAGAGGAACAUGGCGGACGCCGCGCCGCGGCAAAAGACGCGGGAGAGGAGAGAUGAGCUGUCACGGGAUAUUUAUGAAAUUCGAACUAAAAUAGAUUCAGUAGUAGCUUGGAGCGAGUCACCUUGACGGCGCGUGCGUUAUGUAACACGCGCCACGCGAAUCGAACGCGACGUGCUCCAAAAUCGAAAUUUGAAAAUGUCAAAAUCGUGACGUAAUCGGUGACGUGUCGAUGUGUGACGACGAGUUCCAUCCGUUCAUAGAGGCCCUCAUGCCAUUUGUAAAGUCCUUUUCGUAUACUUGGUUCAAUUUACAAGCGGCCAAACGGAAAUAUUACAAGAAACACGAAAAGCGGAUGAGUCUCGAGGAGGAACGCCACACAAAAUAUGAACUUCAGAACGAAAAAGCAGAAGUGAAACAAAAAUGGGCAUCGCGGCUAUUGGGGAAGCUGCGCAAGGACAUCACACAGGACUGUCGCGAGGACUUCGUGCUCAGCAUCACCGGCAAGCGGCCGGCGGUGUGCGUGCUGUCCAACCCCGACCAGAAGGGGAAGAUGAGGCGGAUAGACUGCUUGAGGCAGGCUGAUAAAGUAUGGCGUUUGGACCUGGUAAUGGUGAUACUGUUCAAAGCUAUCCCCUUGGAGAGUACGGACGGCGAGCGCCUUGAGAAGCACCCGGAGUGCACCCAGCCCGGGCUCUGCGUCAACCCCUACCACAUCAACGUCUCCGUUCGAGAGCUGGACCUGUACCUCGCAAACUUUAUAAACAGCUAUGGUAAUGGGAGCGACGGUCUGCCAGAUAUACUAAGCGGGUCGCUAUCGCCUCACCCUCCUAGGGACAAAGAGAACGAACACGAGGCUAAGAGCAAAGGCUAUAGUCACAAUCCAUACAACGGUGUAAUAUGCAACGAUAUUAUUCUAGCGACCGGUGUCUUCUCGUCCAAGGAGCUAUGGAAGCUGUCCAAAGCUUCUAUUCUCCAAGAGACGGGUUCGGAGUCUCCGAGCGGCUCCGGCGGCGGCAUAAAGCUGGAGUCAGGGUACUACUGCGGGUACAACAGUCCCGCGCCGCCCGCCUUCGAGCCACCAGCGGAGAGGGCGACCCCGUCAGCGAUGCUCGUCGGGCAGUGCUACAGUAUCCCGCACAGCUCAGCGGGUCUGUCUGCGCAGUCGCCGCUGGUGCCCUCCAACACCAUCUUCUAUCAGCAUGCAGCGCCACCUACCGACACGCACCCGACAACAUCCGAGGCGCUAUCCAGCCAACACGCGGGCAGUAAGUACGACGGGGCGCCGCAGGACUCGCUCGGAGACUUCGUGACCUUCGUCUGCCAGGACCCAUCAGACGUACAGCAGUUACAGGUGCACAGUUUAUCGCGGAGUCCAAAGCCUCCGUACUUCAGUAGCUCCAUGCUGCCGCCGCCACCACUCCCGCCGAUGGCCAGACCUGUAGCUAUCAUCAGAUCCACAGCGAGUGAGGUGGUGGGCGGGUCAUGCGGCGCCGGCUCCCCGCCGUCUCCCCGCUCCCCGCCCGCGUCCCCGCGGCGCCGCUCGCCGCACGCCUACCGCGCCGACUGCCACCCGCCCAUCACGCACUUCAACCAUUUCCACACACAGCCGCAACAGGUAUUCAGCUACAGCGGCGGGGUGGGCGGCGUGGGCGGCGUGGGCGUGGGGCUGGGCUCGGGCGGCGGCGGCGUGCUGGCGGGCGCGGGCGCGGGCUCGCCGCCGGGCGGGCUCGGCCUGUACGCGCCGCGCGCCGCCAGCAGACCGGCGCCCAGGUGGGUUUUAGAGGACUUGGGACCGAUCAACAGGUGGAACGCACCAUUCCCUACCUUGGAGGAGGAGUUCAAUAUCAUGACGGCGCCGCCCGGGCCCGACCAUGUUGUGUUGUUGGAUGAUGAACGCUUCUUCCAAUCAAGCGUGAUAACUUCGGAGGCGACUGCGAUGGACACGACCGGCUCGACCGUCGGAUCUGUCGUGGACGCGUCGGACGACAUCGCGCCCGACAAGUCCGCGCCGGACUUACGCUCUCCGUGAUCCCACGCUACCGCUGCGCCCGUCGGCGUCGCAUACGGAACUGACGGGCUUGCCGGGGCUCCGGUCAGCGUCGACCCCGCCGCGCCUGUCGUUGGCGUCGCGACGGUCGAGACUGUCGCGUCGGUCGCACCCACCGCCACCGUCCUCCGCUGGACACCCGCGCCCCUCCCCCACUGGCGACCCGUCUUACAUCGGACUGUUUAAUUUCCAACGCCAUCUCAGUAUGUCGGGAGAUUAGUGUAAAUAUAAAAAAAUGGAAUUAAAACGGAUGAGGUUGUAGUUGAAAUUUAGAUUUUACAAUUUUUACUCUGUGUCGAUCGACUGCGCCUGUCCGUGCGAUGUGACUUUGUCGCGGCGUUCAGAUAAAUACUCUUAGUGUUCGGCGUCCGACAGACGCGGGUAAUCGACAUGGUUUUCAUUAUAACUUGUUAAGGCGAUAACAAAAUACAAUACUCCAACGAUAAUUAUGUAAAAAAAUAUUAAAGCUACGAAAUAAAACAACAUAUUAUAUUCUAAUAUUUUUAUAGAAUAUAAAAACAAGUAUGAUAUGAUCAAGCCUUCCAGUAAUUUAGUGAAAUAAAAUGUUAAUAAAAGUGCAGCUUAUAAAAUAUUGUUUUGCUGAGCUGUGAGACAGGGAAAGCGAAUAGAAUGCUUCCAGAGGCGUCAAAACAGUUGCAAUUGACGAAAGUGUGAUACUAUAAGUUGUUUUUUGUUUCGUUGUUGUGUGUUUUGUAAUGGGAAUUAAAAUUAAAUAGGCAUAAGACGUCGAUUAGUUUAAAAGUAUUUUUUUUUAAUUUAUUGAACGAAUAUUUAAUAAAGACGAGCCUUGCUUAAGAGAUUAGUUUAGUUGUAAUUAGUAGCGAACAGAGUAGCUGAUUUAUUGUACUUUCGAUCGAUCGAAAUAAGACAUUGAAUUUUUUUAUCAAAAAGAAAAUAGUAAAAAAGAUUUUUCUGUAAUUUUCGCACAAACACACAUCACUAUUGAUCUCAGUGACACAGAUGUACGAUAUUUGAGUUUUUUUUUUGUAUUUUUACUAUUUUUUUUAUUGCAUCGAAAGCGACAAUAAAUCAAGAGUAGUAUGACUCGUGUCGAAUAACGUUUUAUAGGUGCCUUUCAUAAAGAAAAUUAAAUUAACUUAAAUAAUAGGGAUUUGUAUAUUGUAGUGUUCUUUUUGAUAAAUCCAUCCGCUCAUAACUGUAACAAGAGGUCGUUAAAUGUUUAAGAGUUGUGUGUUUUGUAAACGAAAGUUAUUUCAUUGCUGGUUGGCAGCUGCUCAAAAUUCAGUCAGAUUGUAGAAGAUAGCAAAACUGUAAUUUUUAGAGCAAAAAAAACGAAAUUUGAAAUAUGGAAAAAUCAUAAUUUAUUUGACACAUUGUCAAGUAUGUAAUAAAUACGUUUUUUAUUUAAUGUUUGUCUACUUGUUAGGCAUGCUUUUAUUUUAACUUUAUGUAUUGAAAAUGCACAAAAAACAGCUGUUUUAUAAGCACAAAAUACUCACUUAACUUUUGGUUACAAAAUAUGACACCAUAAAUAACUUACUUAAUCCUACAACUUAAACUAGAAUUUAAUUUUUCACUCAUAAAAAUGAUUAUUUUUCGCAAUAAAAGUGGCCAUACGAGGAAAGCUAGUCAUUAGAGUUACAAUGUAAAUUUAAUGUUACAUAAAGUAUAAAAAAAAUAUUUACAAUUAUAAAAGACCCCUUACGUUUAUAGGUAAGGGGUUGAGAAACUAAAAAUGUGGCCAAAUUACACUUAAUUAAUGAAAUCCAAAUAUAUAUACACAAUUUUUAAUAGAUUUAGGUUUAAAUAAGCGUGGUAUAAUUAAGUUCGUAGCGGAAAAUGACGUGACGACAAUUCGAGAAAAAAAAUACAUAAAAAAAGCAAUUCAACAUAAAACAUCCACGUCAUCUGUCAUACAAAUAUCACAGUUUAAUUUAAUCUGGUUUGAAAAUCAUAAUUUAUUCUCCAAUAUUAGUUUCGAUCAUUUUAUCGACAAGUUUUAUUUCACGCGUUACAACCCUGAUUUCGGAUUUCUAUAUACCUAGUGUAGUAUGAAACGUAGCAAUAAUUACAAGCAAUAAUUUAAAAAAUAAUUAUAAAACAAAAAAAGGGCUUUAGUGAAGGCUAGACUUUGGUACUGAAAUGUAGUUUGACCUAUAACGAUUCGCGAUAUUUUUUCUAUAGACGAACGGCGAGAGGCUGGAACUAAGUAACGAUAAUUAUAGUGCGGUUUGGUACAAUUAAAAGCUAUUUGACAAAAAUAUAUUAGACAUACAGCUAUAGUCGAACUAGGCAGAAAGGGAUUAGUCAAUUGCUAGCUAUAGAAAACAAUAUUAUUAGAAUAAAAAACAUAGAAAAUAGUAACGACGUUAAGGCUUGUUGAUAACAGACAAAAAAUACAGUUUCGUCAUUGAAAAUCUGAACGAAGUAACCUUGUAAUGUGGUAAGGCAAUACUAAUAUUGGUGACGAAUUUAAAGCUCAUUGGUGCCGAAAAUUCUAGACUGUGAUUCAAUUGUUCAUUCAGAACGUGUCUUAUAUUGAAAUAGUUGUUUUUGUAUGAUUGGCAUCGCACGACGUGUGCUGUGGAAUACGAAAAAAAAUUGUAUAAUAAUGACAGACAGAAACAUGUUGUAUGUAAUGCAUUUGUUAUUAUUGUAAAGAUAUGGUAAAGGCGUUCGUGAGCUGAGGAAUGUAAUUUUUUUGACAGCGUACUUAGAAACGAUAGAUUUUUUUGAUAGCUUUGCAAUAAUUUGUGAAUGUGACUAAUACAAAAUUUUGUUUCGAACAAAAAAAACUGGGAUAACGUGAAAUUAUGUAUUGGUCGCAUAAUUGUUUGUUUCAUUAUUAGCACCAUUAAUACUAUAUGGAGUAAUAUUGAAAGCCUAAACAUUAUGUGCCUUAGAUACAACAAUAUUGUAUGAUAUUUAUGAUGCGUUCUAUACAACGUGCUAACUAGAAAUAAAUGAUAAACAAUUAUUUUGAAUGCCUGGACUUUGAACGUUAAAUCUUCUUGUUAGAGUUCAUUUCUGCAAAGGCUUGUACGUACUCCCAAUGUUAAGUAAUGUUGAAAGCAAUUUUUAUUGAAACAAAAUUAGGCCCAAUGUUUCGGAAUGUGUAACUCCUAAAAUAUUAGUUUUCCCUAGAUCUAUCUUUAAGUUUUCUGUCAUUGUUUCCUUACGAUAUGUAUAACUUGAACCCGGGCACCCACCAGUCUGGAGAUUUGUUUCGGAUUCAGCUAUAUUGUAACCCUCAUCUAAUAAUUAUUGUACAAUUAAGUAACGCUUUAAAGCGUAGUUUCGCUGAAAUAUUAAAAGUACUUCUAUGAUAUUGUAUAAUUUUAGUAAUUACCUACAUUAUACCCAUUUACGUACCUAUAUACUUUACUGGCGUGUAUAUUCUUAAUCUUCGCAACUUGGAAUAGCAACGCUUUUAUUUACGAAGUAGUCACCGUUGAUUCUCGCAUGGCUUUUUGAUAUAAAAAUCAAAACAUCUAUUCUAUAAUGUACAUUAUGUUUUCUUAAGUUUCUCUUCUUGAAAGAACGAAAAUCCGUCUUAUAAGUUUCGUGGAUUUCAAAAGUUGAUACGUAAAUAGAGAAAAAUAAUUAUAAGGAUAAUUAACCGAUAGAAUACUCCUAGUUACGAUUUUAUUAGUUUCUCAGAUGUGCAAUUAUGAUUAACUGUUUUUUUUAGCGAAUUUGUUAAUUUUUAUUAGUAUCUAAUAUUACGAAUGUAUUCAUUGUCAUUGUAUGUAAAUAUGUUCCGGAGUGUAAUUAUAUUUUUUUUAUUUGAUUAACAUUAGAAUGGGUUUAUGUUUGUCAUCGGCCAUGUCCUCCGCGCUUUCAUAUUCAUAGGUUUUUACAACUUUUCUUUAUUUUUAAAAUAGAUACUCGCGAAACGUCCGGGAUAUUCCGACGUCGGGAAAAAAAAUACCAACUCCUGAACGUUUGAAUACACUGAGCGAUUUAUGCAAUAAACUAAAGAUAGACUUGUAAAAAUGUUAUUACAUGUAUUUUUAACCUAUACAUAGUAAGAUAUUUAUAGAAUUUUAGUCGUUUAAUUAUUUCGAACGACUUGUUAUAAAGAAAAUUGGUGCUUAAAGCUUAAAACAAAAUAUGACGGCACGUUGUCGUGUGUGUAUUGUCAUGGAAGGGGUCAGAGCAUUAUGACAUAGCAUGCGUUGUUAUGCUCCAGUGCUACGUAGAAUCGGUAACACGCAAAAAAAAUCUGUAGAAAAAUUGUUUUACGCCGACGCUGCAAGGUUAGUGCGCGCGGAAUUAAUUUUAUUUUUUAGGUUAUUUAUGUUUUUAGUUUUGUUACGACAGUUGUUUAACGAUUCUAUGGAUCAUUGAGAGCAGUUAUAAUAAUGUAGGUAAACUUUGCUCAAAAACGAUGAAAACUGAAAGUGUUACAGUUAAUGCAAUACAAACAAACAAACAUA